GUGUUCCAUCCGAUCACAAUGACUAUGAGCCUCCGGCUUCUCUUGUUAGCCGUCAUGGCAACAGCUGUCAGCGCUGCAGAUGAUGCCGAAUUCGCUUUCAAUCUCCUCUCAGAUAUUGCACCAGUUCUUGCGCUUUUCGGCGAGCAAUUUGCGAGACAAUUUAUGAGCGAAAGCUUGACUUGGUACGACCACCUCAUCUUCGCCAUGGUGCCAUUAGGCAUUCUUACUGCAAUUACGGGCGCCAUCCGGGUCCACGGACCCCAAGUAGCGAGAUCAUUCAUCGGACGCGCGCGAGAAACUCGGGCGUUGUCUGAGAUUGAGCUGAUGUCUUCAACAUCUCAAGAAGUCUGCGAGCUCUUUAAUGGUAGCUCGAUUAUCCGCGCGAUGGGACGUCCCAAGAUCACACAAUUCCUCAUUUUCCCGGAACGUUACGACACCCUUGAGGGAAGUUACAAGAAGUUCGACUUUCCAUCGAGAGAUACUGAGCCAGUUUCUGAGCCAAAGGAUAGUUCAUGUGGAAUCCAUUCCCUUGGAAGUGCUAUCUCAAAAGACGUCGAACUCAUGAAGUUUGGAAGAUACCAGAGCCGCAGCACUGCCUUAUUCCAGGAAUACUUCGAGCAGGAGCAAAAGCCCAAAGCUAGUACGGAUGCAAAGUGGUACAAUAACGACCUCAAAGCUAUCUCGCAGCCAGCCGAGCCGCCACAAGGGCCACCAAAUUUGCAACUGAAUCUUACAUCCGAUUACGAAGAUCAAGGUUGGUUCACGAAAGGAGGGGAAAUCAUUUUGGCUGCCAUUGUUGCACUUUUCCUACAAACCAGUGUCAUUGCUUUUGCUGGUGUUACGACAUAUUAUUUGAGCCCCAGGUACCCUGAUUUACUAGAGUCCAAAAUUUAUGGGUUUCCUUGCUAUGUUGCGGGAUCGUUUCUUCUCUCGAUUGGCACGGGACUCUGUUCAAUUAUCGUCGAGCACAGCACCAUUGAGCAUUGCUGGGAGUUGGCAAAAGGUGUCGAGAGCCCGAAGGGUGAUGCCCUCAUGAAGAAGGGCCAGCCGCGACUAGUAUGGGUCCAGCAAAACCAAACCGUCAACGAUCAAGGCUUCAGUGGUUUUGUGAUCUUAGCUGGUGCAAAGCCACGCGUCAUUACUUCGAGGCGAAAUCCUCUCAAGAGACCCCAGUCCCAGACAGGUCUGAAACCACAAAGCUCACAGGGCACUGCAAGCUUUUGGGAGUGGCUAACCGUUGCCGCUGCCCUAUCCGCAGGCAUUGGGUUUACAGCCCAAUUCAUGGGCCUGCGUGGCCUUGCAUUCCCAUGUUCCAUUGCCCAACUUCUGGGAAUUUUUGUCAUGGCUCUCGUACGAGCCGGCGUGCGUAGACGCUUAGGACGAGUCCCGGUGAACUUCCCUGCGCUCUCCGGACACGAACUUGACUUUCUUGCCACGCAGAUUGCCCUUUCCCCUAAGUUCCGAAAUUUCCUUUGGUAUAGCAAAGAAAAGGUUGGGCUGCUGGAGACAGAACGGCCGCGCACUGAACCUUGCCAGUGGAAGAUCAGUGCCCCAGACCCUGGACAACCUACACCCUUCUUGUUUCGAACACCGGAAAAGCUCAUGAAGCUUGAAUCACCUGAGCACAGUGGCUUAAAGGACGACACGUCGCCAUCCAGUCAGCAACUAGUGAGAGUGAGGGAAAGAUUAGGUGACCUGUGCACCUGGGCGUCUAGGUCUUCAGAGAGUGCCUUAUCGCUCGCCCAGUCCAUCGAACUCUUCAUGAACACAUUUUUCUUAAAGUCCACAGAAGACGAGGAGGACGUCGAAAAUGAUCAAGCGAUGAAAUCUUUCAAGUGGUUGAUUGAAGCUACCAAACCCACCACUACCAAGACAUAUGAGGAGCAUGACUUCAUCCAAAUUCCUAUCGAGAUUCGUACCGAGGGAAACAAAAAGAAUUGGAAAGUGGAUCUUGGAAAAAUAGAUGCCGCACUUUCUUUGUGGAUGGCUACAAUUGAGAAGGAAAGGUCUCAUGACACAACCCAGACAAGUGAACCAGUGGAUAGUGUCAAUUCCGCCGAUCAACCCCCUUCUGAGUGGAGACGCACCAAGGUUGGCGAUGACCCAAAGUACAGCUUUUGUCGCAUUGUAGGAGACAACCUGGAAGACGAGGCACUCAAGCGAGAUAUCUCUUGGUGGGUUGAUAGUUUUGUGGCUGAGCAAUGUGACCCGUGGGGGCAAGGGAAUGUUGAAGAUUACAACGAGCAACGUUGGAACCCAGCUAGGAACAAUAGCGUGGAUCUCGUGAUUGGGUUUAGUGGAACAUCAGACAACGCUAUUGCGCGGGAGCUUGCUAUUGUUUCGAAAGCUCCCCUCUCGGUGAUCCUGGCUCAACAUCUAUUUACAAGCUUUAUGUGGAGUAUCGCCAGCCGACUUCCCCAGAAUAUACUCACUAAGGACCAACACGAAAUCAUCGUCGACGGGUCUCAGACGUUCGACUCAUACAGCUUUGGACGAACCUGGCUCCGGGUUAAGUUUAGUCACCGCAAGCUCAGUACUAUUGUUCGCAAGAUGGAAUCUUUCGGCCUGGGAAGUUCGACUGACAUACUUCUCUGUAUGAUCCCGGCCCUCAGUUCUCAGAGAAUACUGCCUAGUCAGGAGAUACUGAAGUGCAUGCCUCGUGUUGGUCCAGGGCAGGGAUGGGGCGAAGUCGCAAUCUGCUACAAGAAGCUCUUGGAAACAGUCAAGGUUGGCAAAGUUGCGGAAGAUGACCGAUUCAAUGCUUCCAUAUUCACGGUGGCAAUGGAUUUCGUUUUUCUUGCUACUGAACCCUAUGAUGAACUAAUAAAGCCGUCGACAGAGCUAGAUGAAGAGCUCGAGAACCUUGUUCAGAGUCUCAUCGGGCCUAGAUUCUCAGGUAUCAUGGAAAAGCUUGUGCCGUUUUAUCGUCUUCAACGACGCCAAAAAAUGCUUCGUCGCAUGCUCCAGAGAUUUAAGACACUAGAAGGCAUGUCGCAAUGUCUUGAGAUCUUUGAGGGGGAUGACCCACUAGAUGAAAUAUUUGCAACGAACGUGGUGGGCUUCACUCCCAAUCAUCUCAAGGCCCGUAGCACUACGGAAUUUAUGGACGUAAAAAAGGAUUCGGAGGAACGAGAUAUCUUCGGUUGCACCCCUUACUACUAUUACUGUCUUCUUGAAGAUAUGUUUCAUCUUUCAUUCUUUCUCUGGACCUUGCAAAAGAGAGUUUGGGGACUGCCUAGGCUAGUUGACAAUCUUGGCCGCAGCCCCAUUCACAUUGCUGCCCGGGAGGGAAUGCACCAGAGUCUCGAAAGAGUGUUUGAAGAGCUAAGUGACGAGGGCAAGCGGCACGUAGCGCGUGCCAGCGGGUUUGACGGCAUGACCUAUCUUCAUCUGAUAGCAAGAAGCGGAAAUCUGGAUUGUCUUAAGUUGAUAACGCCAUGGGUAAAGCCAUUACUUUCUAAGCCGGAUUCCUGGGGUCGCCAACCACUUCACAUCGCGGCAAAGUUUGAGAAUUACGAUUUCGCCCUCAAACUUCUGGAAAUGGGAGCUCGUUUCGAUCAGGUUGAUGAGACCGGAAGAACCCCUGUUGACUAUUACGUUGACCGGAGGAAAGAUCGCAGCGGUAAACCAGAUGAGGCGCCCCUAGGAACAAAUCUUUUUGAAAAGUUCUUGGAACUUGCGAUGGAAGAUCCACACCGCCUGUAUAGCAAUGGGAAGACCUUCCUUCACAGUGCUAUCGAGAUCUCAGACGAACGCACCAUUUACAAGCUCCGUCAAAAGUUUGACAUUGAGGCGCGAGACAAUGACGGGCGGACAGCUCUCCAUUACGCAGUUUUGGCUGGUCGGAGAUCCAUGGUACAGUCACUCAUCAAAGAGAAACUUUGUGAUCAGGGGAUGACAACUGUUAAUACAUUAGCCCGCGACUCGCAUAACAUGACGCCACUCAUGAUGGCGGUGAAAAAUGAUUUGGUUGAAGUUGCAGAACUACUACUGGACUGGUUGGGUCUGAAAAGCGCCUACGAAAAUGAUGAGCAUGGCAGGACUAUGCUUCAUUACGCUGCCAUUUCUGCGAGAAAUGAAUCCGUGGCGGUAUAUCUCUUCGGAGUAGACCAAGUCCAGAAAGACCCUUUCGACAAACACAAUGAGUCUUUACUUGUUACAGCAUGUAAAUCUGGCGCCUCUGCAGUAGUGCCUCAAAUCAUUUCAAAGUUUCCCCAUAUAAUCAACGACAAAGAUGAACAACAUCACCUGCCGCCCAUCUCAUGGGCUUGCCGGAACGGACACAGCGAGAUCGUCAAAACCUUAGUUGACCACAACAAAAUUGACGUGAAUAUGGCUGUCGAGCUACCAGAUCGAGACUCUUAUGUACGAUUCGAGGGCUACACUCCAUUACACUUUGCUGUACAAGCAAAAAGCGAACUUUGCGUUAAACAGAUUCUUCGACAUCCAGACAUAAACCUCGGCCUUAAGAAUAAGUAUGGUCAAACACCACUACAAAUGGCUCUGGAUGGUGAUUAUCAAGAGACUGCCAAAUUACUGCUACAAGACAAACAUACCACCGACGAAGAACGGAUGAGAUUCAUUAAAGUCUUUGUUUACCGUUCGUCUAGUGUGUUUUAUCACAUUGUUUCAGAUGUACUGGGAAGCUUUGAGGACAAAAGCCUAGUUCAUAAGUUCAUGCUAUGGCUUGCUGAUGGUUUAGCGACCACCCACCUUCCGACUUCACUCACUCUAUUUGGAGAGCGUCUCAAAAAGGGCCCUUGGAAUGAUUUGAGCCUGCCGUAUCAUGUUGCUAUCCUCCUUGACGACGUUGAUUUGGUGAAAAGGUUGAGAGAGCACCAUGUAAACGAUGACACCUACGACGAAGACAAUUGGUCUUGGGUGGACUAUGCUAGACGAUAUGACCGAAACAACAAGUUUACGAGCCUUGUACGCAAUAUGCAAUCCUUACAGGUUAAAGCAAAGCCCACAGCGUUGGUAUCAACCGACCUCCCCAACAGUAUCGAGAUUACUGCUUGCCGAGCUCAUGAUGUCAGGGUUACCGAGGAAAUAGAAGACGAGAAAUAUGUAUGCAUACGUAGUAAGCAUUGCGUUUCUCCGGAUGACAAGUCCUUCUACUUCGAGAUCAAAAUCCAUAAUGAUUCGCCUUCUCACAUUGUGGGUAUUGGAUUUCGCGGCUCGCACGACGAUGAGGCUGAGUUUCCUGGCUGGGAACAUCGAUCAUGGGGCUAUCACGGUGACGAUGGGGGGCUAUACAUCGAGGGCAGUCAAGCCAACCCAAGCUCGGACUUUGGAGAGAGUGGAACGUUUGCUUCGGGUGAUGUCGUAGGAGUUUGCUUGAACACCAAGACAGGAAAAGGCUUCUGCACGCGAAACGGAAAGACGUUAAAGAUGGGGAAUGCUUUCAAACUGCCAGACAGAAGAUUCAACCAUGGAAAACUAUAUCCUUGUGUUGGGCUCGUUCUUGGACGUAGGGGCAAGGGGCUUCAUUUCACUGUCAACUUCGGUGAUCUCCAACUGCACCCUUUUAAAUACCAAGGCAGUUUGGAAUUUGACUAG